UUCCGCUUUUGUUAUUUUGCGUAUUACGUUUUGUUGCUACUUCGCUAUAUUUAUUUUAUCAUUCAAACAAGUUGCGCAUGCGUAUUUUUGCCCCAGUCUUUUACACCAGUUUGUUUUCUUUUCGACUUUUGUGUUUCUGCAUUAAUUUUUUGUCUCAACUUUCACUUUGUUGUGAAUCCACCGUGUGUGCACAUUCGACUUGAUUGUGGAAUUCAAUCAAACAAGGUCAACGGAAAAGAAGUCCAAAAACAAAUCGUACGCGUCAAGAAUAUUAGAAUUCUUACCAAUUUCGUGACAGCAAGACCAUAAACCUUUAAUAAACAAUUUUAGUGUGUAGCUGUAAGUGACAAGCAAACCACCUGCUUAGUACUUGCCAAUUGGGAGUGUAUGUCUUAAAUGUUAUUGUUGUUGCUUAAGCUCCAAUUGAAUUAUUACGGAGCCUACAGCAAUACACGAACUGCAAGUGUUGGUGGCAAGUCGUAGACAGCUAGACAACUCGUAACAAUCAUAUUUUUAAUUGCAUGAAGACAACAGGUGAUUUUGUGGAACCGUAACGCUACGCAAUGACCUCACGAUAUGAGCGCAUCAAAGCUGAUUGUGUGGCACGCAAUAUCCUAUGGGAGGAUCCCGAUUUUGCCGCCGUGCAAUCAUCAGUUUUCUACUAUCAAACACCGCCCUUCACAUUCCAAUGGCGGCGCAUAGCCGAAAUUGCGGAAGCACAACAGGCGUGUUUCGUGAAUGAAGGAGAAAAUUUUGACGUCAUUCCUGGCAAAAUGGGUGAUCGCUGGCUGGUGUCAUGCUUGGGCGUUUUGCAUUCGCUGCGCAAUCUAUUCUACCGUGUUGUGCCCGCAGAUCAGAGUCUUGACAAAGCACACGGUGUAUUUCGGUUUCGUUUGUGGUGGUGCGGUGAAUGGGUGGAGGUGCUCGUUGACGAUCGCCUGCCUACCAUAAAUGGGCGCUUGGCAUUCCUACAGCCACAAACAUCACACUGUUACUGGGCUUCGUUGCUGGAGAAGGCGAUUGCAAAGCUGCACGGCUCUUAUGAAGCACUCAAAUAUGGCACGCGUUCUGAUGGUCUCAGUGAUCUGCUUGGUGGCGUGGUAGAGUGUAUACCACUGAAGACAGGCACUAAUGCCACAGAUCUGCUGCGGCCGCAACAGUUGAAAUCGCAUCUGGAAACAACCUGCAUAGUGACGUGUAUUGCAGUAACGGGCGGCACAGCGAGUGGACAACAUAAAAGUACAGCUGAGCGACUGGUGAACGGUGUCGCAUUCAAUGUUAACUACAGACUUUCUUCGCUGGAUAAAGUAGAGACGUUGCUGGGGGAUGCGGUGCAGUUGGUGCGUUUGAAAGAUCCGCUCGCUUGCAAUGGUUUCGACAACAAUGCUGUAUUUGAAGGCGAUUGGUCAGCGCUCUCGGCAUCGUGGGAACGCGUUUCAGUGCAGGAGCGUGAUCGUCUUUUCGGCCAACUCGAUGCUGGUGAAUUCUGGAUGUCGUUCCUCGAAUUCACGCAGACAUUCACCAGCCUCGAAUGCAUUUAUCUGGACGCUGACACAGCCAAAGACGAGACAACGCUGCAAGAACGCCCUAAACGCUGGCAAAUGAAAAUGUUCCAAGGACAGUGGAAGCGUGGUGUCACAGCCGGUGGUUGCCGGAAUCACGAAUCCUUUCACAUUAAUCCACAAUUAUUGUUAAACAUACAAGAGCAGCAGGAAGUUGUAAUUGCAUUGAAUCAACACACAGCUGUGGAGCCCAAAGUCAUUGGCUUUUCAAUGUACAAAUUAAAUGGCUUGGCAAAUGGCGGUAAGGGCAAGUUCAGCGAAUGCCUACCAAAAGAUUUCUUCAAAACACAGGUGAGCUUCCUGAACUCAGACUACGGCAAUACGCGACACGUAAGCUAUCGCUGCCAGCUAGAAGUGGGCCAAUAUGUGCUUAUGCCCACCACAUAUGAACCCGGCGAGGAGACCAGCUUCACCGUACGCUUCUUGGGCACUGCAGCAUUGCGUCUCUCACUGCUUGAAACACAAACAAUGAUGCUGCUAGAUCCAUUCCCAGCUUUGAAGACCGAGGUGGAGACAACAAAAAUCAAAAAUGUCUGUCAAUAUGAGCCAGUGUUCAUGCAGUUGGCUGACGAGAACAAAACAAUCAACUGUUUUGAAUUGCACGAGCUGCUGGAGGCGUGUUUGCCCAACGAUUACAUCAAAGGUUGCGCCAAUAUUGAUAUAUGUCGUCAGGUGAUUGCAUUGCAAGACAAAACCGGCACAGGACGCAUCAAUUUCCUACAAUUCAAAACAUUCAUGGUCAAUCUGAAGUCAUGGCAGGGUGUUUUCAAGAUUUAUACAAAAGAAAAGGCCGGCAUACUGCGCGCCGAACGCUUGCGUGACGCACUCUACGAUGUCGGUUUCCAAUUGAGCACAGAGAUAAUGAAUUGUCUGAUGCAGCGCUAUAUAAGGAAGGAUGGCACAUUGCGGCUAAGCGACUUUGCAUCCGCGGUGCUGCACCUGACAGCCGCGUUCGAUUACUUCCAACGCAAGGAUCACAAUCAAGACAAUGUUAUCGAAAUUGAAAUGUCCGACUGGAUAAAAUGUGUGCUGAGAUGCUAACCAUACUGUUAGAAAUUGUUAUAAAUCUUACGAUUGCUGCAGCAGUGGUCGGUCAUUUCUAGGUUAUGUCUGAAAUUCUGUUUAUUUUCGGUUCUAUUUUGAGCGUAGUUCAAUUUAUAUGUGCAAUUCUGACGUACCUUAAAUCAAAAAGACGAAAAUCAUAAUUACUAUUUAACGUAGUGGCGUUUUUGAAAACAAAUACUCCAAAUACUGUUGACAAUGUGGUUAAAAAUAUUUAAUAUUUACGAUCAUUAAAAGUGUUACAAGUUUUACCGAAGCUUACUUCGUUGCAGCCAACCCAGUUACCCCAAAUAAAAGCAGACAAAGUAAA